UUGAAGGUGUGAAAACGCUUAAGUAAAUGCGUUUUGUUAUGCAUCAGUACUGCAGGCCAGUCAGCUAAUACUUUUUUUUGGGAAAACAAAACGCAAAGAGUAACCGGAAAUAUACUUUCGAUAAAAACAUAACUCUUUCUAAAUGUUUUCAAAUAAAUAUUGCAUCUGAUGUUAGUACAAACUCACUAUAUGAAUAAAAAAAGAAAAAUAAUUAAAAACUAAUAUCUUUGCAAUUUUUCUGACUCAUAGCAAAUAUCUCUUAUAAUGAGUUCAAUUUUGAGUUCCGCAGUGCAUUGUUAUGAUGAACGUAGAAUGGCGGACGUUGUCAUUGUGGGAUGGUUGUUCACAUUUUUAUUGAUAAAUACUUGCCAUGGAGGACUCCCUGGCCUGGUGGACCCGGAUGACGAUUCUACAAGAAGCUUUGGAUCCAUGCAGGUUCUUGAGGAUCCAAAGUCUGUGCAAAAGAUGACUGUUCACCUUUUCAGGAAAAGGAAUCAUAAAAGAUACAAAUGCCAUCAAUGCGAGUCGCCAUACUGCGACACGCCCCAGGAGUGCUCCGACGCGCUGUUCUGCUUCAAGUCGUCGGUCCGGGACUCGGACGGCUCGCUGCGGCACUCGCGGGGCUGCAGCGCUGGCCACGACCAUGCGCAGUUCACGUGCCACCACAGGCCUGAUCAGAGUGUACGCAAACGCCACGCGGGCCAGCUGAACGUGACGUGCUGCGCGGGCGACCUGUGCAACACCGGGGCCUUCCCGCUGCUGGCGCCGCAGGACACCGCCGUGGAGCCGCUGCCCGACCGCUCCUGGAAGCUCUGGGCCGGGGCGCUGGCCGCUGUGCUCACGCUCACAGCGGCGGUUGUUGCUGUAGUGCUGCUGAGGAGGAGUCACAGAUUGCGAGUGUCUCGCGCGGCGCUGCACAAGCUUGGUCCGGACUCGAACUACUUCUCCAGCAACGUGUACAGCCCACAAGUCACCAGCGCUUAUUAUGAAGGUGUAGACGGGUCCCAGAACGGAGUCCGCGCCACGCUGGCGGGGGACUCCACGCUGCGCGAGUACCUGCAGGGCUCGCUGAGCUCGGGCUCCGGCUCCGGCCUGCCGCUCAUGGUGCAGCGCACCCUCAGCAAGCAGGUGUCGCUGCUGGAGUGUGUUGGGAUGGGCCGCUACGGCAAAGUGUGGCGCGGCCUCUGGUACGCGGACAGCGUGGCCGUCAAGAUAUUCUUCUCGCGGGACGAGGCCUCGUGGCAGAGGGAGACGGAGAUAUACAGCACUGUGCUGCUCAGGCACACCAACAUACUGGCGUACAUAGGGAGCGAUAUGACUAGCAGAAAUAGUUGUACACAGUUAUGGCUGAUAACACACUACCAUCCUCUCGGAUCUCUUUACGAACAUCUGCAGAGAACGACGUUAACAAGGCAUCAAAUGAUGCUGAUAUGUCUGUCCAUUGUUAAUGGACUUCUACAUUUACAUACAGACAUACAUGGGACACAGGGCAAACCCGCCAUAGCGCAUCGCGACAUCAAAUCCAAGAACAUCCUUGUGAAAGUGAACGGCGAGUGUUGUAUUGCGGACUUCGGCCUCGCCGUCACCGCCGCGCACGUCGCGAGGCAAGAGCCGAGUGCGAGGCAAGGCACCGUGCGCUACAUGAGCCCCGAGGCACUCGACCAGAGCAUGAACCUGCAAUGCUUCGAGUCGUACCGCAAGUGCGACAUCUACGCGCUGGCGCUCGUGCUGUGGGAGGUGUGCCGGCGCGUGGGCCCCGCGCGGGACGCGCGCGUGCCGUACUGCGAGCACGCGCCGAGCGACCCCUCGCCCGACCUCAUGAGGAAGAUCGUCUGCGUGGACGGCGCCAGGCCCGAGCUGCCCGACACCGUCACACACCCGACGAUGGCGGGCAUGACACGCUUGAUGCGCGAGUGUUGGCACGCGAACGCCUCCGUGCGUCUCCCGGCGCUACGCAUCAAGAAAACUCUCCUCAAGCUGGCUGCCAACGACAACUCCAUACACCUUGACGAGGACAGCGAGGUCUUCGUGUGAAGCGAGGCAGGUAAACCUAAUAAUAGCUGUAAAGUUGACAAAAUAAUCAAAACUGUACACAAGUGUAUAAAAAUAGUGCUAAAUUCCCACUAAGAUAUAUAUUAUCUUUACUGUAAAUAGCGCUGUUUAUAAAGAUCCUACUCUAUGAAAUAAAAGUGCUACGAGUGGACGAGGACAGCGAGGUCUUCGUGUGAAGUCAGGAAGGUAUACCUUAUGAUAAUAACCAUGAAGUUCGAUUUAGAGUCAACAUUUGAAUCGUUGGCAAGUUUUAAUACGACAUUUUCUGAAGCUAUAAGUACUUUUCUCACCGAACGUGCGGAGUCGCACGGCGUCGGAGCGCAUUUAAAAUUUGUACGGCCGCAAGCCGGUCGGCUCCUUUCGGAUGCGGACGGCUCCGGUCGGUCUCAGUCGAGUCUGCCAUACAUAUUGUAUAGGCACAGCCGGUCGGUGGGAAACGUACUAUAAAAUUGAUGUCAAAAAUAUUAAUGACAGCUGUUUUUAUAAUGUUUUAGCGCUUUAACUACAACAUAAGCUAUUACUUAUUAGUUUUAUAAAUUCCUAAGUACAGUCGCCAUCAGAUAUAUCGGAGCGACCGAGGUGCUCAAAAAUAUCUCAACACGCGCUCUAGCGCUUUGAAAAGACAGGCGUGUUCAGAUAUUUUGAGCACCUUGGCCGCCCCGAUAUAUCUGAUGGCUUAAAAGCACCUCAAAUUAUACAUGAACUUGUUAAAAUUUAGCACAUUAUAAUUUUUAAAUAAGUGCCUAUACAUAAAACAAAAAAAUACAAAAA